GUGAAGGAGGUUUGUGAUCACGAUGGGGUUAUAGUCUUUAACGCGGCCACUGGGGGAAUAAAACAAAUGUUUGUAAUCCGGAUUAUCCGCGGUGGCUUGGGGCCUCCUCUACUGCCCAUCUAAGUUAAAGGCCUGUUCCCUCAAACUUCCUUCGCUCUCAUCUUCCUCUGCCGUCUCUUUGCCGGCCAAGCACGUCCGGGGACGGGGUCAGGGCCACCAGGUUCCUGGUAAGGUUGAAAGACUGAGCGUGUAGGGCUGUUAAAGUGAGUCUGUGUGAAAGAAGGAAGGAUUUUGUAGAUUGCUUCAGAGGGAGUGUGGGGUGAGGCCCUGAGUCCCAGAGCCUCAGCAUGUCAGGGAAACGGAAGCGGGUGGUAUUAACUAUUAAAGAUAAGCUUGAUAUAAUAAAAAAACUUGAAGACGGAGGUUCUUCCAAACAAUUGGCAGUGAUUUAUGGAAUUGGUGAGACAACAGUUCGGGAUAUAAGAAAAAAUAAGGAAAAGAUUAUAACUUAUGCAAGCAGUUCUGAUUCCACAAGUCUUCUGGCCAAGAGGAAAUCUAUGAAACCAUCCAUGUAUGAGGAACUGGACAAAGCAAUGCUAGAAUGGUUCAACCAGCAAAGGGCAAAAGGGAAUCCCAUAUCUGGACCGAUUUGUGCAAAAAGGGCAGAGUUCUUCUUUUAUGCUUUGGGAAUGGAUGGUGAUUUUAACCCCUCCGCUGGUUGGUUAACUCGUUUUAAGCAGCGGCACAGCAUUAGAGAGAUUAACAUUAGAAAUGAAAGAUUAAAUGGAGAUGAGACUGCUGUGGAAGAUUUUUGUAACAACUUUCGAGACUUUAUUGAACGAGAGAAUUUACAGCCUGAGCAGAUAUACAAUGCAGAUGAAACUGGACUCUUUUGGAAAUGCCUACCAUCCAGGACUUCUGUGAUCAAAGGUAAAUGCACUGUCUCGGGGCACAAGUCAAUUGAAGAAAGAGUCACUAUCAUGUGUUGUGCCAAUGCAACAGGUUUACACAAACUGAAACUUUGUGUUGUGGGGAAAGCAAAGAAACCUCGCUCCUUCAAGUCAACUGACACCUCAAACCUGCCAGUCUCUUAUUUCAGCCAAAAAGGUGCAUGGAUGGAUCUUUCCAUUUUCCGACAGUGGUUUGAUAAGAUCUUUGUGCCACAGGUUCGAGAAUACUUAAGAUCUAAAGGCCUGCAGGAAAAGGCUGUGCUCUUGUUGGAUAAUUCACCAACACAUCCAAAUGAAAAUGUCCUCAGGUCAGAUGAUGGCCAAAUAUUUGCUAAAUAUUUACCACCUAAUGUGGCUUCAUUGAUCCAGCCCUCGGAUCAGGGAGUCAUAGCGACAAUGAAGAGAAAUUAUCGUGCAGGUCUUCUUCAGAACAACUUGGAAGAAGGUAAUGACCUGAAAUCAUUCUGGAAGAAGCUAACUCUGCUAGAUGCACUUUAUGAAAUAGCAAUGGCAUGGAAUUUAGUAAAACCGGUUACCAUUAGCAGAGCAUGGAAGAAGAUUCUUCCUACCAUAGAGGAGAAAGAAGGCUUGGACUUUGAUGAAGAAGAUGUUUCUGUGGCUACUGUGGCCACCAUUUUACAACAUACCAAAGGACUGGAAAAUGUGACUACUGAGAACAUCGAAAAAUGGCUUGAGGUGGACAGUACUGAACCAGGCUAUGAAGUGUUAACUGACAGCGAAAUCAUCAGAAGAGCACAAGGCCAGACAGACGAAUCUAGUGAAAACGAGGAGGAGGAAAUAGAACUGAUUCCAGAGAAACAUAUUAAUCAUGCAGCUGCUCUCCAAUGGACUGAAAAUUUAUUGGAUUAUCUAGAACAACAAGGUGAUAUGAUUCUGCCUGAUAAACUCGUGAUACGUAAACUUCGAGCCACCAUCAGAAAUAAACAGAAGAUGACAACCUCGAGUCAAUAAUGGCAUGUCAUUGUUAACCAUUGUUUUGGUAAUUGUGUUUGUAACUCUUAACCUCUGCAGUGUGAUUUAAUUUUCUUUGCGUUCUUAAUUCUCAGUCACAGCCCUAUGAAAUGCAGAUACAAAAAUGUAUCUGAAGUGGUUCGAGGAUUAUAUGUUUUGCAUCAUCUCUGUGUCUUUAUUUGUGCAGAUAAUUGGAAGCUGAUGCUGUAUAGAUAUAAAUUACAUAUACACAGGUAUUCACUUUUGUAGAUCUGCAAUUACCCCUUCUAUUACAGUGGCAUUCCCUA